AUUAUGAUGGUCAUAAUGAAACCAUAUCUUACUGUUUCGUACUUUGUGAUGCUCGUAAUGUACUCAACGGUACACACGAUCGCCCAAACAACGUGCAACCAAGGCAUCGGCCGAAUCGUUUACGAAAGACUACCCGAUCAGCAAUUGCAAGGAUUCGAUGAUGACGUGGUACGGGACACGGCCCCGCCUUUCCGAGUGCUGGAAAAAUGCCAAGAGCUUUGUCUGCGAGACCGUACGGCCACCAACAACCUAGUACGGACGUGUACGUCGUUUGAUUUCCAACCGGGCAGUCGAAUCGCUUCGUUUAGCGGCACGGUCGAGUACGAGGAAUCCACGUGUUACCUGACCAGGGAACAGGCACACCCAGAAGGUAUCGGCGUGCUGGUGGUCGUGCCCAAUAGCGUGCAUUACACCGAAGUGUGUCUGUCAUCUAGUAGGAUUGAAAGAGAAUGUGCCAAUAGACAUUACGUUUUCGAAAGACAUACCAGGAAGAAACUUAAGUUACCACCUAGCGAAUAUAAGGAAAUGAUAGCAGCUAACCGGACGGAUUGCGAAGACAAAUGUUUGAACGAGUUCACGUUUGUUUGCCGAUCGGUGACAUACGACUCGGCCUCAAAAACUUGUUGGCUCAGCAGAUUCACCAGGAGAUCACACCCAGAACUACUUGAAGAAGAUCCUAGUUCUGAUUAUUUAGAAAACACUUGUUUGAACGUCGAAAGACGUUGUGAUGGGCCAGUUAUAUUUGUCAAAGAGGAAAACAAACGGUUGGGUGGGCCGUUUGAAGUGGACAUUUUCGCCAAUCUAUCUUUGAUCGAGUGUCAAGCGCAAUGUUUACGCGCCGAAAAAUAUUUCUGUCGGGCCGUCGAGUACGACGAACAAAUCAGACGUUGCAUAAUAUUCGAGGAAGACUCGAUGUCGCAGAAGGAUGAUCUCAGAGUGAGCAACAGUCCUACGCACGAUCUGUACGACCUGGUGUGCUUGGACAACCGUGGCGACUUGCUUACAGCCAAGGGCAAUGAGUUCUCGGACAACACGUUAACGUCACACCUAUUCGCCGAUGGCCGCAGACCCGACACGGCUUUCCAACGGUACAGGAACAGCCGGCUCGGCGGUGAGUUUCAUUCGGAAAUCACUGGACGGUCGUUGAGCGAGUGUCUGGAUGAGUGUCUGAGGCAAGUGAGCUUCCAGUGCCGUUCGGCCGUUUACAGCGAGCGUUUCAGGAUCUGCAGGCUUAGCCGCUUCAACCAGAGAGACGGGCAUCGCGUGAUAUACGACGCUGAUUACGAUUAUUACGAAAAUUUAAUGAACGGCGGUGUCGCGUCAACACCGUUCACAAGACCCGAUCCCCUGGGACAAGGAUCCAAUUUUCUAGGCAGUGGCAAACCGCCUUAUCCAACUCCGGGUAAACCAAUAGGAGGAGGUUUUGGUGGAGUGUACGGAGGAGGUUCUUAUCCGGGUUAUUCUAGUACAGCCGGCAACGGGAUUGGAGGAGGAGGAGGAGUAGCCGGAGGAAGUGGUGUGAGUUCAAGCGUUGGACCUUAUCCUAGUGAAGCACCUGUAGGAUAUUGGGGCCACGUUGGAGGUCACGGAGCGGAUAUACCUCCUUUUCUGGGUUCCGGGGGCAAUAAUUAUGCCUUCGGAUCCACACCGGCCGUUAUCGGAUCUUCGAUACCACCGUACACACCUUCGGCUAUUCCUGGUGGAUUACCUCCAAUCGGAGGAUCUCCAUUAGGACCUCCUUUGGGACUUCCUAGUGUACCAGGUUAUUAUGGCGGCGGUAUCGGCGGUGGAAUCGGUGGUGGUGGUGGUAUCGGUGGCAUAGGCGGCGGCGGCAUCGGUGGUGUGGGCGGCGGCGGAAUAGACGGCAACAGACCGUUCAAUAUACGAUGUGACGACGCUGACGGAUUCAAACAGAUGGGUGUACGGAUGCGUAUGGCAAGAGGAUUGAUUAAGCGAUUCAUCACUGCGCCCACGUUAUCGCAUUGCGAGCGCGAGUGUUCGUUGGUCAGGGAUUUCAACUGCCGAUCAUUUAACUACAGGACGGCACCGUACGGGACGCAGAGAGAAAAUUGCGAGUUGAGCGAUCAGGAAACGCGAUACGUCGACAUGGGCAAUCCGGCGUUCUUCGAAAACGCGCCGGACUACGAUUUUUACGAAAAGUCCGCCAUGGGAAGCCGGAGUAGUCAAGAAUGUCUGGACGUGACGCAAGUGUGCAGCGAAGACGGAAUGGAGUUCACGCUACGCACACCGGAAGGAUUUCUGGGCCGAAUAUACACGCACGGUUAUUACGACAGAUGUUUCUACAGAGGAAACGGCGGAACCGCGAACGUUUUGCGGAUCAGCGGUGCGCAGGGAUAUCCGGAUUGUGGAACGCAACGGUACGGAGAUACAAUGACAAACAUCGUAGUUGUGCAGUUCAGCGAUUACGUACAGACCAGUAGAGACAAACGAUACAAUUUGACUUGUUUAUUUCGAGGCCCAGGGGAGGCUGUCGUCACUUCGAGUUACAUGACCGCAAACUCCGGAAGUCCGAUUCCCAUCGAAUACCUACCGGCGGAGAACUCGUUGAGUUCACGUGUCCGGUUGAUGAUCCUAUUCCAGGGCCGGCCCACGCAAACAAUCGCCGUGGGAGACCCACUGACUUUCCGAUUAGAGGCUCAAGACGGAUAUAACUAUGCUAGUGACAUAUUCGCAACUAAUGUAAUUGCAAGGGAUCCGUACAGCGGCAGGAGUGUUCAGUUGAUAGACCGUUAUGGGUGUCCAGUGGAUAACUUCGUGUUUCCCGGUUUGGACAAGGCUAGAGAGGGCGACGGCUUGGAAGCGAGAUUUAACGCUUUCAAGAUUCCCGAAUCGAAUUUCCUGGUGUUCGAAGCUACCGUCAGGACGUGUCGCGACGGAUGUCAACCGGCGUAUUGUACACUGCACGCGGGCAGAACGGAACCGUCGCUGGGCAGACGUCGCAGGGACACGAGCGCCGCAGACAAAAACGGAACCACGAUGGACGGACCGGACGAUUCAACAGGGAACACGCCUGGGGAAGAGGAAAAAGUGCGACAAGUGAUUGAGGUGUACGAGAGCCGGUACGACAUGCCAUUGGAACAGAUGACAUCGGAACCGGCACCGCAGAGCAUUUGUUUGACGAACAGAGAAUAUUACAGCAUGGUAUUCUCACUGUUCAUGUUCUUGGUGCUUUUGAUCACCGUGUCCAUGUCCGCCGGCAUCUACUACAAGCGUUAUUGGUUGCUGACGGCCAAGAAUGAAAUGGCAAAUAGCAGUUCUGGUCUAAGCGACAUGACUCAACGUAGCGGGUCUACGGGGCGCAUGUCGUUUUCGGGUCGCAGUUUCUUCUCCAACAUGUCAUUCGGAAAGCGCAAACCAUUCCUUAACAUAAGAGCACCCGUGGAACCAAUGGGUAGUGGAUCUACCAACUUAACGACGGCAGUGGUGGUUGGUGGCGGCGGCGGUAGUGGCGUUGGAAAAGGGUUCGAGGAUCCAAGCGAGCCGAUCUACACGGAUCCUUCGUUAUUCGAACGGUCUCGGAGCCUGCGCAGCAUCACUUUCUCUACAGCGGGUCAGAACGUAUUCAAAAAUGAAGCUUUCUGUCACUGAUGCGUGUGCGAAUGAAAGUUAAUGCGUGCGACGUGCUUUUUUCGUCGUUGGAUAAUUAUUAUUAUUACUAUUAUUAAUAUUAUUUUACUAUUAAUAUUACAAUAUUUUUUAUUCGAAAUAUUCAAAUCUGCCGGUAAACGAUCAUAAUUUCAUUGUGUUAAAAAAACGUAACAUAAUAAUAAGAAAAUUACCAAGAGUUCCACCUUUCCUUGUGCCGCUAAACGUUCGAACUCGUAGUAUAUUGCAAUUUAUAGUCUUUCGAAUUUCCACGACAGUCUUAGUGAACUUUUCGGUUACGGUUUACAAAUAUUUAGAUACUCGUUUGAAUUUUAAAAAUUAUUACAUCAAUUGCCCCUCCUAUUCGAUUCAAAUUAAUUCAAACUAAAAACUGAUCGUUUUUAUUUUAACGGUUUUCUAAUUGAAAUAUUAAUUGUCACAUUAAAUUCUGUAAGACUUCUUCGUGCAUAUAUUAACAAAAUUCGAACAUUAUGUACUAAUAUAACACGUUCUUCUUUACCUAUCUCAUAUUGUAAUCGAAUGUAUUUUUGUCUUUUUUUUUUUAUCUAUAUUUUAUAUUUACUAGUUUUAAAACUUGAUCACACGUAAUAUAACGUAAUAUAUUUUUACGUUAUGUUUUUACACAAGGAUGUUUACUCAUGCAUUAUUUACACACAACAUAAUAUUUUUUUUUUUAUUAUUAUCGUAAGUAGAGUUUAGGUACAGUUUUGGAAUUAACGUUGAUCACGGAUUGAAUGUUUUUUUUUAUGUCACAAAGGGCUUUUUUUCUUUUUUUUGAGUGCGUUUAAACAAUAAGUAUCGAUUUUUAGUGGCACGCGUUGAAUAAAAAAUACUUGUGACACGCUCGGUGUACAAACGACGAAUGAUAAUUGCGCUCGAAUAAUGUUAUUUUUUAUGCAUCUCAUAAUUUUCACAACUAUUUAUACUACUUAAGUUUUUGUUAAGGUCGACGUCGGGUAUUCCAGUCAAAAGCACAUCGUGUUCUCAAAAAAUCAUCAUAAUUGAUAUUAUAUCAUUAGUAUUAAUCGUUUCACGCAAUGUUUUUACCAGUAAAAUAUUUUUAACAUCUCAUUCGUUGUCUUCAAAUUUUCAAAUACGGAAUCUUACGAAUGUCCAAAAUAUGAAUUACGAUGGUCAUAGUUUUAAUAUUAUUAAAAAAUAUCAAUAAUUAUUUUUGUACUAUGUACGACUGCUCUUCGCUGAGGUACCCAGGCGGUUUUUGAAAUAUUAUUUUUUACGUAAAUAUUAUACCAUAGUUUAUUUUAUAUUAUUAUCAAUGUUACUUUAUAACAUAAUAUUAUUCUAGUUGUUUAUUCGUCUUGAUGUAUUUAUUCUGCUAAUACUUUUUAGUUUAACCACUACAUUUAUCAAUAAAAACAUAUUAUACAAACAACCA